UGUACUCUGUUGUUAGUUGUCGCUCGGCCUUCAGUGCGCAAAGAACAAAAGCGGGAGUUUUUUAAACAUCAAACAAAUAGUAAUUAAAAUACAAAAACAAAUUAAACAUAUAAUGGAAAAGUGGCAUGGAAAGGUAGCUGUGGUAACCGGAGCCAGCUCGGGCAUAGGGUCUGCCUGUUGUAAAGCACUUGUUGAGAAUGGCAUGAUUGUUGUGGGUCUGGCACGUCGCCGAGAGCGUGUUGAAGAAAUACGAAAUUUAUGGCCCAACGAUGAAGACAAGCAGAAACGUUUACAUGCCUACAAAUGUGAUGUCUGCCAGGAGUCAGAUAUUAUCGAGGCAUUCGAUUACAUCACCCAGGAGUAUGGACCCGUAGCGGUGUUGAUAAAUAAUGCCGGCAUAGUACGUGGCACAGAAUUAGUGCGGGAAAAUAAUACCGCAGACUUGAGGGCCAUCGUGGACACCAAUAUUAUGGGUGUGGCUCUGUGUACUCGUGAAGCCUUUAAGACCAUGUCAAAAGAUCCUCAGGGAUUGGGUCAUGUUAUAAAUAUUAACAGUGUUGCUGGUCACCAAGUGAUUCACUUUGAGGGUGCAUCUACAAAUAUGUAUGCACCCUCUAAGCAUGCCGUUACGGCCAUGACUGAAGUUUAUCGAAAUGAGUUUUUGAUGCACAAAACGAAAUUGAGGGUCACGAGUAUUAGCCCGGGCAUUGUACGCACCGACAUUUUCAGCCCCGAAGAUAUGGAAUACAUGAAGGAUGUGGAAUUUCUGGAUGCAUCCGAUGUAGCAGAUGCUGUUAUUUAUUGCCUACAAGUUCCUCCACAUGUUCAGAUUCAUGAACUAACUAUCAAGCCAGUGGGGGAGAAGUUUUAAACGCAAAUAAAGAAAACAAAAUUCAAAAAAUUAUGUAUAAAAAAAAUCAAUAAACUUACCAUUAAUUGUAAAAUAAAUAAAAGACUAAACCUAAGGUCCCACAGUCGUGUAGGACCUUUUUGUGGGCUCCACAUCCUGGAGCUGUAUGGUCGUAUGAUGAAAUCUGUAAAAUAAAGAAAAGAAAAUUAAUACCACUAUGAAUAUGAAGAAUGAAGAAGUUGGGAAAUUUAAAAAAUUGCAUUAUAGACACAAAUUUAGUAAAAGUACUUCCAGUCGUAAAAAAUCUCUUUUCACCCCAUUAAAGAUCCCUAAAUCAUAUGAAAAUUUUUGAUUCUUUGCCACUAAUUAACCAAUUAGCCAUAAUGACUUAUAUUUGCUCCUUCUAAGAAAGUAAUUACCUUCAAAUUAGCAAUGUUUUUCUUCUUGAACACUACCGAAAACACCGAUCCCUCAAAUACCAAAAAUGAGCGUGUAACACGUAGGCUCAUUAUUUUGAUUGACCCCAAACAUGUUUAACCAUUAAGAGAUCACCGCCUAUGAUCAUCAGAGUCAAUUGUUGGGCACACAUGCUGGCAUUUGGACACACCCAUUUGAAAGAAAUGAGCCUGUAAUCGCAACUUAAAUGCCAAUUCAUGAAAUGAAAGAGCAGCCGAAAGUAUUGAUGGCGCACAAACAACAUUAAAAAAUAAAACAUGCAACAUCAAAACUCAUAAAAGAAAAUGUUGAACAAAGUCGUGAGCCAUAAACUUAAGUAAACCUUAGCCACAAAAAAGAACAAAAACCAAACAAAAUUCAACAAAAGAAUUAACCACGAUAAAAUGUGCAACAUGCGCCAGCUAGCCAGCCAAUUUUGGUCAGCCUUAUGUGCUGGCUAAAAAACCUCAUAAAACAGGAAGGAACAACACUACAACCAAAGGUCUUAAAGAACAGCAAUAACAAUUUGUAAGUACAAAAACCGUGCCACCAUUACCAGUCGCAAG